GAGUUCAGUCAUGAGAAUGGCUUUUAUGAAAGCAUGAACACCCAGUUCUUUGGACACACUUUGAAGCAGACACCAAGGGAGAGUGUGCCUUUAGAUCAUUUGGUUCCCCCUCUAACUGGAACUGCUGCUCCUGCUACAUCUGAUUUUUCCCUUUAUAAUAGUUCUCAACCUUCCACUUUGGAGAGAAGAAGUUCCUAUAAAUCCAACAGAGAAACUAGGAGAAGAGAUAAUGGAUCUAUCCACAAGUCACCAAUUGAGUCUACUGAUCAUAAGGUUGCUAGCUCUUCCUCUUCGAGUGUGGUAUCAAAGGACGCAUUUACGGGACAGAAGUUAAUGAAUAAUGAGUAUUCUAUGUUGGAGGAAGAAACUUCAAGAAAGUCCUGCUCUGAUGGCUUCGGAGUUCAUGUCAAUGGACAGGAUGCAUCAAGAAAUGUAGUCUACGAGGGUCGUAACUAUCAGAGUCAAUAUGGAAAUGCAUUUGUACCGAGAAACAACCAUGGACACUCAAAUGUGUCAAGUGCGGUAAACAAUAAUGAAAAUGUAGAAGAAUUUGAAAAAGACAACGCUACUAACAAAGGAAACAUAGUUAGAGGAGGAAAUUGUCAUUCUGAAGAAGCAGCACAAUAUGAUUGCUCUUCUGACAUGAUAAUGGAAGGAAGUGUGAAGGCCAAAAAGAUGUCACAUAUUUCUAAGACCAAAUCUUCUAAAUCACCAAAGUCAAAAUCACCGAAGUCAACAUCAAAGACAUCAACAGAUUUUUGUUGUUCAGAAAGAGAAGGAAAAGUUGCAGAUGAACAAAAAACCAUUGAAAACAGAGAUGCCAUCCCUCUGCAUGGUGGUAACGUGGCUGCAAGCACUGGAAUUAUGAAAAUGAUGGGCUUGAGGAAAUCAUCAAAACCAACUGUAAUGGUCUCCCCUGAAGGUAGUGGUGCAAGGUGUAAGAAGAUAAAGAAGAUGAAGAUGUUGUUUCCUUAUGAGGAAUUUGUAAAGAUUUUUCAGAGUGAAAUCUUUGGCAUAUGCCCCAGGGGCCUGUUGAAUUGUGGGAACAGUUGCUAUGCGAAUGCUGUCUUGCAGUGCUUGACUUCUACGAAGCCCCUUGUUGUCUAUUUGCUUUAUAGAUCACAUUCAAAAGCCUGUUGUGCUAAAGAUUGGUGUCUCAUGUGUGAACUGGAGCAGCACAUCAUAAUUUUGAGAGAAAACGGAGACCCUCUAUCUCCUAGUAGGAUACUUUGGCACAUGCGGAGUAUAAAUUGCCACAUGGGUGAUGGAAGUCAGGAAGAUGCUCAUGAAUUUUUAAGGCUUCUUAUUGCGUCAAUGCAAUCUAUAUGCUUGGAGGGACUUGGUGGUGAGAAAAAGGUUGAUCCUAGACUACAAGAAACAACUUUCAUACAACAUACGUUUGGUGGUCGUCUUCAAUCCAAGGUUAAAUGUCUGAAUUGUAACCAUGAAUCAGAAAGGUAUGAGAAUAUUAUGGACCUAACUUUGGAGAUAUUGGGUUGGGUUGAGUCACUGGAAGAUGCCCUGACUCAAUUUACUUCCCCUGAAGAUUUGGAUGGUGAAAAUAUGUACAGAUGUGGAAGUUGCACUGCAUAUGUUCGUGCUAGAAAGAAACUGAGCGUACAUGAAGCUCCGAACAUCCUAACUAUUGUGUUGAAGCGAUUUCAGGAAGGAAGAUAUGGCAAAAUUAACAAGUACAUAACUUUUCCUGAAAUGCUCGAUAUGAUACCUUUCAUGACUGGGAUGGGUGAUGUUCCCCCACUCUAUAUGCUUUAUGCUGUUGUUGUACACCUGGACACACUGAAUGCAUCUUUCUCUGGACAUUACAUUUCGUAUGUGAAAGAUCUGCAAGGCAAUUGGUUCAGGAUUGAUGAUAGCGAGGUUCAGCCAGUGCUAAUUAACCAGGUGAUGUCAGAAGGUGCAUAUAUCUUAUUCUACAUGAGAUCUUGUCCGCGCCCGCCAGUUGAACUUUCCGGGAAAAACAUGCAGCAAUCGGUUCCCAACUAUUCAAAACACUGCCCGGUAGAACCACAGAAGCCUUCCAAGUCCGGACAUAGCAGAAACAACAGCCAAUUUGUCGUCCCUGAACCUUUGGUCGAUACCAGAGCAGACGUUGCCCCUCGACAAAUCAACUCUGCCAAUGGCUUCCUCAGAAGAAGCACCAGCAGAAACGUCCUGCCAGUAACACAAACUUAUUUCGAAAACAUCAGGCACGAGUUCUCGGAUGCAGCGUCUAGUGACUGGUCCCUUUUCACAAGCUCAGACGAGGCAUCUUUCACGACGGAGAGCACUAGGGACUCCUUCAGUACCGUAGAUUACAGUGAUAACAUGGAUCCAUUGGCAUCCAUCUUCAAUUUCACCCCGAAAAACUCCUACAGGAAAUUUUCGAAUAGUCGGCCACUUACCAGGUUCGUUCCCGAAAAGGGUCAUACUGAGAGAGUAGAGAGAAUUGAUCAGUCUCAUAAUAAGGCCAUGAAUUCAUCAAUUGAACACCAUCCACCAAAUGGUAAUUGCAGCAUGUAUGUAUACUAUGGACGUAGUAACCCUGUGUGUGAUAAUAUUACAAGGACUUGAAACUCAGUUUGAAUUCUUUUCUGGGAAUUCUAACUGGAUGAAAUUGAUGAUGAUUUAGUUGUAGCAGGUGCUUUUUGCCUCAAAGUUUUCAAUAUUUUGUUGAUUGAGGCAUAUAGCUCUUAAGGCACAGGUGUAGUUUUUACUUUUUUAUUGAUAAUUGUAAAGAUGACAGCAAUGUUCCUUUGGUUAUCUGUUAAUCCAUCAUAGGCUUUUCCUAA